GCGGGCGCUGCUAGCGGAGGCGCCAUAUUGGAAGGGACAAAACUCCGGCGACAGCGAGUGACACAAAUAAACCCUUGGACCCCCUCGCUCCCCCAGCUCUAAGGGCCGCGAUGUUGUACCUAGAGGACUAUCUGGAAAUGAUUGAGCAGCUACCAAUGGACCUGCGGGACCGCUUCACAGAGAUGCGCGAGAUGGACCUGCAGGUGCAGAAUGCAAUGGAUCAGCUAGAACAAAGAGUCAGUGAAUUCUUCAUGAAUGCAAAGAAAAAUAAACCGGAGUGGAGAGAAGAGCAAAUGGCAUCCAUUAAAAAGGAUUACUAUAAAGCUUUGGAGGAUGCAGACGAGAAGGUACAGUUGGCAAACCAGAUAUAUGACUUGGUAGAUCGACACUUGAGAAAGCUGGAUCAGGAACUGGCUAAGUUUAAAAUGGAGCUGGAAGCUGAUAAUGCUGGAAUUACAGAAAUAUUAGAGAGGCGAUCUCUGGAAUUAGAUACUCCUUCACAGCCAGUGAACAAUCACCAUGCUCACUCACAUACUCCAGUGGAAAAAAGGAAAUAUAAUCCAACUUCUCACCAUACGACAACAGAUCAUAUACCUGAAAAGAAGUUUAAAUCUGAAGCUCUUUUAUCUACCCUAACAUCAGAUGCCUCUAAGGAAAAUACGCUAGGUUGUCGAAAUAAUACUUCUACAGCCUCUUCUAACAAUGCUUACAAUGUGAAUUCCUCCCAGCCUCUGGCAUCCUAUAAUAUUGGCUCCUUGUCUUCAGGAACUGGUGCAGGGGCAAUUACCAUGGCAGCAGCUCAAGCAGUUCAAGCUACAGCUCAGAUGAAGGAGGGACGAAGAACAUCAAGUUUAAAAGCCAGUUAUGAAGCAUUUAAGAAUAAUGACUUUCAGCUGGGAAAAGAGUUUUCCAUGCCCAGGGAAGCAGCUGGCUAUUCAUCAUCUUCAGCGCUCAUGACUACAUUGACACAGAACGCCAGCUCAUCAGCAGCAGAUUCACGGAGUGGGAGAAAGAGCAAAAACAACAACAAGUCUUCAAGCCAGCAGUCAUCAUCUUCCUCCUCCUCUUCUUCCUUAUCAUCAUGUUCUUCAUCAUCAACUGUUGUACAAGAAAUCUCUCAACAAACAACAGUUGUACCAGAAUCUGAUUCGAACAGUCAGGUUGAUUGGACUUACGACCCAAAUGAACCACGAUACUGCAUUUGUAAUCAGGUAUCCUAUGGUGAGAUGGUGGGCUGCGAUAACCAAGAUUGCCCCAUAGAAUGGUUCCAUUAUGGAUGUGUUGGAUUGACAGAAGCACCAAAAGGAAAAUGGUACUGUCCACAGUGCACCGCUGCCAUGAAAAGAAGAGGCAGUCGGCACAAAUAAGGGUGGUCGUUUCAUUUGAGAAAGAAAAAAACUCCAACAUUUUAUAUAGGACUUUAAAAAAAGGAAAAAAAGAGAGAGAAGAGACAAUGCAUUUCCAGGCAACCACUUAAAGGAUUUACAUAGACAAUCCUAUAAGAUCUUGAACUUGAAUUUUAUGGGUUGUAUUUUAAUAAUGUAAGUAAAUUAUUUAUGCACUCCUGGUGUGCUCUGAAUAUUAUUCCAGUCAGCCUUGGAUUAUUUCAGUGGCCAACAUAUGCAGACGUUUGUACUCCUCAACCAUUUUCUCCAAGUAAUGGGCAUUCUAUAAUUUAGACUUCAAAGAAUUCCAGCGAUGAAGAUUUUAAGAAAAGGAUUUUAUAUUCAACAGGUAUGUUCUGCUGCAUGUACUGUACUCCAGAGCUGUUACGUAACACUGUAUAUAAAUGGUUGCAAAACAAAAAAAAGUCAGUGCUUCUAAAAAGAAUUUAAGAUAAUGGUUUUUUAAAUGCCUUUAUAAUAAGCUUUGUUUCUUUGUGAAACUAAAUUCAGCGGGCUGAAGGAAAUGGUUCAUGUGAUAAAGUGGGCUGGUGUCCUCUAGAGUACCUGGGUACAUAAACAGAAAUUCCUGUAGGUAAAACCUAAUCUGUGCCAUUAGUCUUUAUAUGUUUCUGCAUCCAGAUAGAGUGCAGUUCA